CUCUGUUGACACAACCAGACGUAUCAAGUGUCAUCUGCGUCAAUGCACAAACACAUUGGGUCGGUAGUGCAAUGCACAAUGUAUCUGGGUCAACGCUGUUGAACGAACUGUCGUUUAAACACGACCAGUUGAUAAGUUGUGACUGGAUGACGGCGGACCUUGGCUCAAACUAUAAAACGUGAUUAGAAGAGUCAUCAGAAUGUCAAAACUGAGUUAUAUAUCUUCUCCAAACUCGAAUCAGCAGCAAUACAAGUCGAUCGUUGACGUACUUAUAGAGAGAACUAAUGCUACCCCUGAUAAAGAAAUAUUCGUACACAGAUUAUCCGCAGGAGGGAGGAAAGUUAUCACGUAUAGUGAACUGACACAAAAAUCUACAAAAGUCGCCAAGUACCUAAUAUCUAAAGGAGUCUCUGUCGGAGACAGUGUCGCUAUCAUAGGAUCAAACAACCUGGAAUGGAUCAUUGGAGAGGUCGCCAUUUUCAUUGCUGGAGCUGUAGCCGUGCAGUUUCAAGGUGAUUCUGAGGUUUUCAGCGAGACUAUGCAUCUCCUGAAAUCUGUUCAAUGCAAAGCUGUUCUCUUGGAUCCUCCAAACGAUUCACAAUAUCUAUCGGAAAUGGAGCGAUAUUUUCAAGACGAGGAAACGCAAUGCCAGAGUGAAAACAAACCAGCAGUUCUGUUACUUCAAAAGCAAGUUAGUACAGCAUUGCCUUAUAUCGGCAAUAUACUUUCAGCAGAGGAGGACCCUGCCGUGAAAUUACCUAGAGUUCAACCAGAGAGUACUGCAGUUUUAUAUCCAACCUCUGGUUCGACAGGUGUUCCAAAAAUGUGUGAAUUUGCGCAUUUUGCAAUAACAAAUUCUCCCAUGGCAAACCUUUUCUGCACGAAGAAUGAUGUCGUAUUCUCAGAUAGGCCAUUCUCUUGGCUGGGAGGAACGCCACUCUAUCCUAUAAUAGGAGGAUUUACUCGAAUAUUCACAGAUCCAAAAAUAAUAUUGAAAGAAGAGAAAAUACAGAAUGUUUGGGAUAUCCUAAAGGAGGAAAGGUGUACGGUUGCAACUCUUUUCCCAUAUGCUUUGGUAGAUCUUCUACACCAUCAGGAAGAAAUCCUGCUGCUUGAUUACAAACCUACAUCAAUAGCCACUGGCGGUCAAAUACCUGGAAGUCACUUGAGUGCAAUUCGUGGAAAAUUCUGUGAGGAAAUAUACAGUGUCUAUGGAAUGACAGAAGUAGGUAUUGCAACAAAAGUAUCCCUGACGGCGGAAACUAAAGUAGGAGAAGUUGGAGAAAUAGUACCUGGAUAUGAAGCCAAAAUUAUCGGGGACGGCGACAAAACAUUGGUCUGUGGUGAAAUUGGUGACAUUGUUCUAAGAUCUCCCUGGAUGAUGAAAGGGUAUAGAAACUCCCCAGAAUUGAACAGGGUUUCCUUCAGUGAUGGAGGUUGGUUCCGCACAGGAGAUAUUGGUUUAAUAACCGAAGACGGCAAAUUGUAUGUGAAGGGAAAAGCUGCAGACGUAGUAAAGAGAGGAACGAAAAAGAUCCUUUAUAGGACGGUUGAAGCAGAAAUAGGCAGUUUUCCCGGGGUGAAAGAGGCAGUCGUGGUCGUUGUCCCAGAUCUGCGCCUUCUGGAAGAGAUAUGCGCAUGCGUCAUCAUAGAAGAAGAUACCAAUAUGACAGAAAAAGAGUUGCGAAAAAUGUGUUGGGAUAAGCUAGGUGAUAAUAUUUUGGGAGACUCUCCAACUUAUUAUCUUGUGUUCCAAUCGUUUCCUCGUCUACACAAUGGAAAACCCGAUAGAAUCAACACAAAGAUACAAGCCAUGAAGAUGUUGAACCUAUGUUGACAAUAUCUCUAUUGUUUUCAGAACGCUACAUCUGUAAACAUUUCAUAGUUGUCAUUGUAUAUAGUUGUAUGACGUUAUCUUAUAUUUCGUUGCGAUUGGUUGUACCUGCAAUCAGACUUUUUUUAACAAAAAUUGAGGUUUCCUGCUUAUAAUCCGAACAUCCGUGCUGGAAGUCAACCGUGACAUUCGAUAGCCUCUACUUACCAUAGCGACAUGGUAUUUCCUUUAAGAAUGAUUAUGUGACGUAUCAGAAAGCAAACGUUUCGAUCAUAUAAAAUUCAAGGUUCGACCAUAUAAUGAGUGUUUCCUUAGGAAAGAUCUAAAAUCAAAACAUUGGACUUUUACCAAAACAUGAAAUCGGCCUUAAAUGUUAAUAUGGAGCAAUGCUUAUAUAUACGAUAUAUACUAUAUUUGUAACAUCAAAGCAUACACAUACUGUUGUUAAUUACUUUAAAUAUACAUUUAUUUUUCUAUGAUUCUGUAUCUUUACUUAUACUUUGAGGUGUACACUGAUUAUCAAUGUUAGGGGUGGACUUUCAUUAACGCUGACUUGUUUUCUAUUCUGUUAAUUAAUAUCUAUUCAAUUAAAUAUUCUGA